GCCUAGGACACGUGAUGAUAUGUUUCUUGAGAGCUAUUUAUUCUGCUUGCAGCAGAGCAAAGUUUUCAGAAUACCCGGCAUUUGGUAGAGAAAAGGUCUCUUGAGCUUUGAAAAGUGAACAACUAUUUGCGCUUAAAUUUUGGCAAAACAGCAUCUAUGUUGGAGAUGGAUCAUACAAACAUAACCCAAUCCAUGAUUUCUGUUGGAUCCCAGAGUCCAGGGAAGAACAGCAGUAAUGGCAAUGAGUACUUUUAUAUUCUGAUUGUCAUGUCUUUCUAUGGGAUCUUCUUAAUGGGAAUAAUGUUGGGCUACAUGAAAUCUAAGAGAAAAGAGAAGAAAUCCAAUCUGUUUCUGCUUUACAAAGAUGAGGAAAGGGAGUGGGGAGCAGCCAUGAAACCUCUGCCAACCAUAUCUGGACUGAGGUCUAUGCAGAUACCCACGAUGUUAAACAUGCUGCACGAAAGUAUGGUACCAUCUCUGUCCUGUGCUAUCUGCUCAAUGGAAGGCAGCAGUGUGAGUUCUGAGUCUUCCUCACCAGAUAUUCAUUUCACCAUUCAAGAGGAGGUGCCAGAUGCUGAACUAGGGGAAGUGACAGAAUCCCUUCUGAAUGAGAGCAGCGAAGGGUCUUCAGAAACUAUCCACAGAAAUUCCUAGCACCUGCAGACCUUUGAGAGGCAGUUACACAAGCUAGCUUAGUAAUAACAUAGCAUUACUGAGUGGAAUUCAUGUUGGGAACUUAAGGUUCUUCUUUCCUGUUCAAGUGCCACCUUGGAUGAACUCUUAGCAGACAUCAGUGCUCCAGAGGCUGACACAUUUUUGAAAGCUGAGAAGAUGAGAACCCAGAGACACACAACUCAAAAUGGAACCAACAAAAUACAGGCGACUCUAAUGCUUAAUUUUAAUGCCUCAGAUUUUUACUGUAAGAGCUAAAACAUGGAGAAUAACUUUUUUUCUUACCAGGUAACUAUCACACCCUAUCUGCUGCCUAUUUCAAAAUUCUGCAAGUGUCUGGGAAAAAUUGAGAGAAGUUGCCUACGUGUUGUGAAUCAGCAAGGUUAAUGUCCACUCUCAUAGAUCUGGGAUUCUACUUUUGCUGAGUGUGUUUUGUAACACCACAGACAACUGAAAUUUUACUUGAGGAGGCUUCAGAGACUGAGAAUAUGUCUCAGCAGCAAGGAUAGGCACACCCAAGCUAGUUUUAAUUUAGUUAAUAGCAGUAACCAUAGAAACAAAGACCCAGUGGCAUGGAUAUGACAGAGCCUACAUAAACUGAGUAUGUACUGAGGGUCCCAAGCUGAUGUUCAAAUCCAUGCCACUUCAUCUUUGCUUCUGCUGUUACCUAUGCCAACCCAUUCAGGUAUGCCAACCCGCACUGCGGUCACACCUCUGAUCGCUUUGUAAAUUUCCCCUGUGAGUAACCAAUUAGAAAGGUAUAUUUAGUAAUAUAAAAGAAGCUUUGCUACAAACUGUAAGGAUUAGAAAUGCUGGAAUAAAUUCUGCUUUGCUACGCUCUCUUGAAAUCAAUGGCAUUUCGUGGGUGAAACAGUAUAGAACUGGACUUAUUAAGGUGUAAUACUGGCUCCUCAGCAAAGCUCCUAUUGUUUACAAGGAUAGAAUUUCCAGUUACCUUUUUAGAGCUAAAUUCUUACUUCAAAAUCAAUAAAGCUGCAUCCAUUUACACCUAAGAGUAUUUAGCCCUUCUGCUCGACAUAGGCAUCAAGUCACUUCUUUUGUCUACUGCAUGUUGCGUAUGGCACAUGCAUUUCCCUAUUGUGAUGACCAAUAGUUGUUAAAAAGCACUAUUACAAUAAUUUUUCCUUAUUCAAUAGAACUGUGGUUUUCCAAGUGCCAAACACUGGUUUCUAAAUUUCUGCACUUCUCUAAAUAAGCAAAGGUUACUAUUGUAUCAAAGGAUGAUUGUUUCAGUUAUGGAUUAUAUUUUAUUAUAACUUAUUAUGAUGUUUGGAUUUGUUUGUAGCCAUGAGAGCAAAAGAACUGCAUUCUGAAGCAUUGAGCAGGAAAGUGUUUGCAAAAUGUCUCUACAUAUUUCCUGUGUUAAAAUAGCUCUAUAAUUUAUCUACUGACCUUAGAGCUUGAGAGACAACUUGAAAAAUAUGAACACUGAACGCAGAAAUUAACUGAUGCAAAAGCCCUUUAUAUGUCUGCCAGUUAGGAAUAGGAACUCUAUUUCUAGUUUGAAGGGUUAAUAUAAUGUGAUGUAUUCAGAAGUAUUGCUCUAUAUUUCUGAUAGAGCAAAAGAUAAAAAUGUUUGGAGAAAGUCUCCAGUGCUCAUAAAGGGCCUGGUCCAAAAUCCACUCAAGUCAGCAGGAGCCUUUCCACUGAUUUAAAUGAACUUUGGAUCGGACCAUAUAAAGCUUUUUGGUAGAUUUACUCCAAAGCAGCUGUUUAAGUCUGAGACAAGCCAAAUUAAGUUUGGCACUUUGCCUGGAAUCACUUGAAUCCUGAAACUUUCCAACUGAGACUGACAUGUGCGAGUUGUCACAUUUUCCAUUGCUCUAUCCACCAUCCUUUUAUUUUGGGAUAAAUUUAUUUGUAUCAGUAAAAAUGAUGUAUAUACUUUAUAAUGCUGAGUUGUAUAUAAUUGUCUCAUGUAUUUAAGGUUUAUUGUUUCUACUGGCACCAAUUUUUAUUUAAAUAAAUAAACACAUU